CGGAGAAACGGCCUAAUUAAACACUGCUGUGGCGCUCUGCUGCGUUUCAGACACCCUGCUCUGGUGGGACUUCGUGCUUUUUGUCACAGGCAGCGGCCCGAUGCUGUAUACUGGAACCUGCACCGGUCCGGGACCUUACAGGUCAGGAGCACAGCGGCCCGAAGCAGUCCCGGUGUGUCCCUCUCAGUCAAGAGACACACAGCAGGGCUGUCCCGGGCAUGGCACAGACCAACGCGACUAGAAAUCAGGCUGACUGGCUUCUCCCGACCAGCCCCAAGGCACGGCAUGAUGUCAUGGGAGCUGCCACUCAGCGAGAUGAAAGGGAUGCGGCGCAGCAGCGCUGGCACUAGGCAGCCCAGCUGGGGCACCGCGCGCGAGAGAGCUGCAGAUCCAGCCGCUCAGCCCAGGCCGGGGAAGCUUGCUCUCCAGAGCUGGGGCAGAACAACGUGGCCCACUUUUAACAAAAGAACCAGAGGGUAGCGAACUUUCUAGAUCUGUGCGCGUAGAGAGUAAGCUCAGCCUUGCCUUUGAUGCGCAGCAACUGAUCGGCGAUCAGAUUACAGGCACUCCAUCUCCUAGUUCUCCUGCCUUUGAUCUGCGCGGGUAAUCCAUUUUCCUGGAUUUGAAGUUUGUCUGGGCUUGCGCCCACACACAUUUUUGGGAAGGUAAAAGCGUUUGGCGCGGAAGUGCUACCAAGCUGCGGAAAGUGUGAGUCUGGAGCACAGCACUGGCGAGUAGCAGAGAUAAACACGUCUGGUGAGAGCCAUGGCAUUCAAGGUCUUACCCGAACACAGGAUGCUGUUCUUCACUGCCAUUCUCCUCCUAGGCCACUUGUCAUGGAAAGUGAAUUGCGAAACUGGAGAUUGCAGACAGCAAGAAUUCAAGGAUGGAGCUGGAAACUGUGUCCUCUGCACACAGUGUGGACCCGGCAUGGAGUUGUCCAAGGAAUGUGGCUUCGGCUAUGGGGAGGAUGCACAGUGUGUGCCCUGCAGGCCGCACAGGUUCAAGGAAGACUGGGGCUUCCAGAAGUGUAAGCCAUGCGUGGACUGUGCGCUGGUGAACCGCUUUCAGAGGGCCAACUGUUCACACACCAGUGAUGCUGUCUGCGGGGACUGCUUGCCAGGAUUUUACCGGAAGACCAAACUGGUUGGUUUUCAAGACAUGGAGUGUGUGCCCUGCGGAGACCCACCUCCUCCCUACGAACCACACUGUACCAGCAAGGUGAACCUUGUGAAGAUCUCAUCCACCGUCUCCAGCCCUCGGGACACUGCCCUGGCUGCUGUCAUCUGCAGUGCUCUGGCCACGGUGCUGCUAGCCCUGCUUAUCCUAUGUGUCAUCUAUUGCAAGAGGCAGUUCAUGGAGAAGAAACCCAGCUGGUCUCUCCGGUCACAGGACAUUCAGUACAAUGGCUCUGAGCUGUCAUGUUUUGACCAGCCUCGGCUCUGCCACUGUGCCCAUAGAGCAUGUUGUCAGUAUCGCCGGGACUCAGCCCCAGCAUAUGGGCCUGUUCACCUGAUUCCAUCCUUGUGCUGUGAGGAGACCCACAGUUCUGUCCGAGCUGCUGCGCUUGGCUGUGGGCUGCAUUCUACUGCUACCCUUCAGGAGAGAAACACAGCUUCUGUGGGGGACACGAUGCCAGCCUUCUUUGGUUCUGUUUCCCGUUCCUUCUGCGCUGAGUUCUCUGAUGCCUGGCCUCUGAUGCAGAAUCCUCUGGGUGGUGACAGCUCUCUCUGUGACUCUUAUCCUGAACUCACUGGAGAAGAUAUCAAUUCCCCCAAUCCCGAAAAUGAAAGCUCAACAUCUCUGGAUUCCAGUGGUGGCCAGGACCUGACUGGGACAGCUGUUCCAGAUUCUUCUGGAAAUUUUUCAGAAACUAUUGACUCACCUAGAUAUGGUGAUACUGAUACGGUCUGGGAGCAGACCCUAGCUCAGGAUGCUCAAAGGACUCCAAGCCGAGGAGGCUGGGAAGGCAGUGAAAACCUGAAUCUAGCCACACCCACAGCCUUCCAGGAUGCCUAAAGGCCAUCUUUCUGACGUGGAGGUGUGGGUCUGGACACGCCUGUGGUGAGGCUUACAGACUUAGCAGUCUUGACCUUCUAUGGUGUCUGGAAGCAAAAGUAAAUCUCAACCAAACUGGCAGCAUUUCCAUCCUUCCAGCCACUUGCUUCUGAGCCAGACCAGCUGUAAGCUGAAACCCCAGCAAGAAGCAAAGAGAGACCGUAGGCGUCCUUGGGACCUGCACUUCUUCCCUAACCAAGAACCUUAGCUGGGGCCAAUUUGAAGGACCCAUGGGUGGAAUGUGCUGCCUGUGAGAUUGUGGGCACAGUAGGACCCAGCCUGGCUCCUUCUUACAUUCAUGGUGAAUGUGGUUUCACAAGACCCAGAGUAUAAACUUUCACAGACAUUCUCUUUUAGAAAUAAUCCUUUACCCUGUGAAAAAGCCUUAACAGAUGACUUUCUUAGGUUUUAGGCAGAGCUCUGAGGUUUCUGUUGAAGAAAGGCACUUUCUAAUCAGCAGAAUGGUAUACUUCAGUGGUUUGAAGGGGCUUCAUAGCCCUGCCUGAAUUGUAAUUUGGUGAAGUCGACUGGCCUGUUUGUUGCGAGCAGUUCCUUUGGCCUCUUCCCCAUGAACGUACAACAGUAUUGACGGGAGAGGAGGCCUGGGUUAUUGAAAGUGGCUGUGAAUGGGGUUAAGAAUGUAGCAGGUUAGGGGGAGGGGAUAUAGAAGGGAGAAGGCAUCACUUUAAAGUUAAAACCACCUACUAUGCAUAUCCUGGCUGUGAACCUUAGGACUGUGGAAGCAUGUGUUAGUGCUGCCCUGUGCUGAACUUCCAAGGCCCAGAUUUCUUAUAUAGAAAGAAGAUAUUUAUGAGUAUACUAACUCGUGAUCUACACCUGAACUUAUAUAAAUGGCCUCAGCACACCAAGCACACUUCUGAAAAGUCCUUCAGUGAGAACACACUGCACAUGAGAACCAGACGUGGAAGAGCAUGGUUGGCCCACAGUUUGGAAGAAUAAGAUCCCUGGUGUAAUAUGGCAUUCUGAUGUAGGCAUGCUGUGUAAGGUAUUCCCUCUUCUUCCGUGGUGGCAUUUACCUUCCAGAACAAUCCGUAAGACUAAGGAAGAACUGGGGCUCAUUUUCUCUUCAUCCUUUGCCCUACGGCUUCAUUGAGCAAGAUAGCCUUGGUUUCCAGUUUGAACUUACAUGAGCAGAUCUGACCUCAGCCUUUCAAUCCUCUGCUGUUGCUCUGUUCCAUUGACACUUUCAAAAGAGCCCGAUCUGUGAGCAUCGGUGUGAGAGCAUUCACUAGCAUGUUUGUUCUGCAGCUGCCCUGCUUAAAUCAAGCUCUUUUACCGAACACUGAAACCAAACAUUGAGAUGUUAUCUUCCUAAACUGUAUUUUUUUUCUUAAUCUUCUGUUUACCCCCAAGGUUUCCUCUCAUUGUAAGACAUGAAUAGAUUUAAUGACCCUUCUUCCUGUAGCCUCUCUCUAUUCCUAAUAGCCUUUUGAUGUGUGUCUUCUGGCUUGUCUGUAUCUAUUGCUUCUCAUGCUGUCUGUUCUUUUACCAGAUGUAGGAAGAACACUGCCAUAGAGCAUCUCGUGGUAGCCCAUAUCUGCUUUUAUGUCCUCAUGGUGCCCGGUCACAACCUAUUGGCAUUUUUGUUUGUGUGUCCCCAACCGUUAUUAUGAGAACUGACUUUAGGGAAGUCAUAAAGUAUGUAGGAUUUAAGCAGCAGACGUCCAUGAGGAUGCAAGCUGAGCCCCCCUGAGUGGCCUCCUCCCCAUGCACAUGUGUGUGUCAUUGUUUGCAACCCAAUCAUCUCUGUUAUGACAGGGAUGAUCAAAGCCAGCAGGGUUGUGUUCCUUUAUGUAACCUGAAGAUAUUUUCCACAUGCUGAGCCCUGAUGGACUUCAAAGACAGACACAGCUGGGGAAAGCCAGUCUGAUGGAGGGGAGACUCUGGCCCCAAAUUCUGAAACAUCACUUUUAAUCAGAAGAGAAAUACCGAGGGUUAAAAAUUGAUUUCAUUUGAUACUGCAUUUGGAAGAUCCUGGAUUAUCAUCAAAAAGGAGACAUCCUUCCACCAGCCACUCUAGAAACAUGCAAUGAUGUUUUACAUUUCACAUUCUUUGUAAACAAGAGAGAAAAACUACGACCUGCACUUCACAUUAUUGGAGCAUCUUACAAGGCUGUUUACAUAGGAGCUAAUGUCAGACACUGGGGCACCAGUGCCACCUUUCCUGUGGCAGAAGACAGGAUAAAAUGGAGACAAGAAUUUUUGAAUCAGUCAGGUCAGGUCAUAUGUUUUCUAUUUUGAAUAUAUGGAAUAUAUUUUGAAUCAAGGUUUUCUACUUUAAAGAGUUACUGCUGCUGUUACUUAGUAUAAAUACUGCUGCCUGUGUUCGAAGAAAAAGAGCAGAAAAGAAAAGAGAAACAAUCAUGGCUUUUAUGAUAGUUUGUUUCUGCCCAGAUUUCAUCACAACUGUUUUACAUACUGGAAUUUAUCAACUGUAAGUUACCGCUUUCCAAUACAAACCUUUUUUUAGUGCUUUUUAAAAAUUGUGAAUAAAAUUGAUACUUGUUAUUCUUA